UCGACGCGCGCGGUCAAAUCGAAGGGAGAGCGAUUUUCGCAACUAACUUUUUCGCUCGAUUCAUUUUCAAUACAAAUAUAUAUGAAGCACUGUUUUAAACGCGAGAUUAAUCAUUGCAAACAAUGUCCAAGUGUUCAAUGAAACCUCGAAAAAAAAGCUCGCCGAAAUAUUGGUACAAGUGAGUUAAUCAAUCGAUGCCACGUCACGUCAGCAUACUUUAUUCCCUUCGGAAACGACACGACGAGAAUCACAACGGCGACGACGACGACGACGAUCAUUAUCGCGUCGAAUCAUUCGACGACGUUAGAUCAGAGCAUACAUCGGUACAAUAUGAAGGACGAAUGAUGCGCCAAAAUAAACAUCAAUAAAUAAAGACAAGUUCGAGUUAAAAAGUGCUGCGAAUUAAAAACAAGACAACGCCAAGUUGAUCACCCUCAUUAUGUUGUGGAUAAUUGUGUUUUUCACGUGCCUCGAGAUUUCGACUCUCGCGAGUGCAGAUGCUAGAGUUAAGUCAUCGUCAUCCUCACCGAGCGCCACUUCAACUGCUGCCAAAAGACACCUGGACGAUGACUCGUUCGACAACGAUCUGGACAACUCCAGAAGAGUCGAGACUAUCCGAGGUGUCGCAGGAAGAAACGUGAGCCUUCCAUGUGAUAUACUCCAGCAACCUCUCGCCCCAAACGACGCGGUAACCAUGUUGCUUUGGUUCAAAGAGCCCAGUGGGGAACCCCUCUACAGUUACGACGCGAGAAAAGGCAGAGCGAAGAGGGGAAAUUCGGCGCAUCACUUGGGCACGGGUUCGACCUCGAAAUCCGGUCCCCCGCCGAAGCUACUGAUUCAAAAUUUACGGGAGAGCGACGAGGGCGUGUACAGAUGCAGAGUGGACUUUCGUAACUCACCGACAAAGAACGCGAUGGUCAACCUCUCCGUAAUACUUCCUCCAUCCAUUCCGAAAAUCUAUGACAUGAAGAGACGGGACAUGAGCAACCUACGGAUAGUUUAUGCCGAUGAGGGUGCAAAUCUGACGCUCGUGUGCGAAUCGCAUGGAGGCAGACCAAAGCCGAGGGUCGUGUGGUACCUCGGCUCUCAGCUGAUCAACUCGAGCUACGAAGUCAGGGAGAUCCAAACUACCAACGGCGAGAUCAAUUUCGUGACGGUAAACCACGUCACGCUCGAGGGCCUCACCAGAAAUCACCACAACACCAACCUGACGUGCAGGGCUAGCAACACCAAUCUCACUCGACCGGCCUCGGCUACCGUUACCAUCGAGCUUUACAUGAGGCCACUCAGUGUCCACAUCGACAGACAGUCCAAACGGAGACAAAUCUCGGCUGGAAAAACAUACGAAAUCACUUGUCGAAGCACAGGUUCAAUGCCUCCGGCGGUCUUCACGUGGUGGAAAGGUUCAAAGCAGUUGAAGACGGGAAUAACGGCAAACGAGAGCAAUGUGAGUUAUCUGGAAUGGGUACCGAGCCCCGAAGAUGAUGGCAAGUACUUGGCUUGUCGGGCAGAAAAUCCACAUCUACCGGAAGCAGCCAUUGAGGACCGAUGGAAUUUCACCGUACGCUACGCUCCGAUAGUAGUACUUCGCAUGGGUUUAUCGCUGAAUCCGAAAAGCAUCAAGGAGCGGGACGAUGUUUAUUUCGAGUGCAACGUACGAGCGAAUCCAGCUGCCUCGAAGCUCACGUGGUUUCACGAGGGUAUAAAACUGCACCACAACAUCACCAGUGGCAUUGUCCUGUCCGAUCAUUCUCUCGUUCUACAAAGCAUAACUCGCAAAGCCGCCGGCAAGUAUUCUUGUCUCGCGGGAAAUAACGAAGGUCGAUCGACCUCCAAUCUCGUUCACCUUGAGGUCAUGUUUGCACCGAUAUGCAAAAAGGUCGUGAACUCCGGUGGAGGUUGGCGCUCCCAAAAUGCAACCCCGCCGCCGUUCAACGUUCCGGAGCAACUGCACGGCGCCCUCAAACACGAAACUGUUAGUCUAACGUGCGAGGUCGAAGCCAGCCCGACCUUGGUCACCUUCAGGUGGACCUUCAAUAGCAGUGGCGAUUUGGAAGAUAUUCCAGCGACUGAUUACACCAGCGAAGGUACCAUCAGCAGACUCAACUACACCCCGUCGACGGACAUGGAUUACGGGACCAUCGGUUGUUGGGCGAGCAAUCGAGUCGGUAAAAUUCAACAACCUUGUCUUUACCAGGUCGUUGCCGCUGGUCCGCCCUAUCCCCUGCAAAAUUGCACGGCGUACAAUAAUAGCGGUGCAUCGAUACGAAUAUCCUGCGUCGAGGGCUUCGAUGGAGGAUUGCCACAAAAAUUUGUAGCUGUCAUGAACGAACAUCGCUGGGAAUCAUCCACUCCGUACUGGGAACUCGAAAUUCGCAAUCCAACGAGCGUUGCCCUUUACGCGGUCAACUCCAAGGGCUCGAGCAUUCCCGUUACCAUUGAUGGACGAGCCUUUAAGGGAGUCGCCAAGUUCACUGGCGAAUCAGCUCCGGUAUCUUCGGUCGAUAUGUCACCGAUCCUCAUCGGCCUUGGCGGCACGGCCACUGGACUCGGCCUCAUCGUGACCGGAGUUCUAAUGGCCCUGUGGAGGCGACACGCCACCGCUACACCCUCCAAACCCAAGCAACCCCAACAACCCAUCAUUGCUACUUUCACGACUAAAGGCGACGAGGAAGAUGGCAAUCCGGAUCUCAUUCCUACCACCGAUCUCACCAAUCACUCGACCGAUAAAAAGCUUUCGGUUUACGGCUCCCUGCCGCGACGACCCUGCCACUUGGAGGGACGAGAAAUGCCCCACGAGGUCCUAGAGAAUCCGGAUUAUCCGAGAGCAUCGCCUAACAAUUUUUACAGUCUCCAGAGGCCUCAUCGAUAUUCGGAAACGAUCGUCAGGGCCCCAGCGAUCCAGGAGAGUUGCAUAUGAGCAUCGGGGUUUUCUAGAACAAAAAAAACAUUGGAGUGUCAUGGAAGCUGAUGAUCGGGUUGAUCCUUGAGUGCGAUUCGUUCUCAAAGUGUACAAACGAUCAACGAGCCCGUGAAACAUGAAAUUAAACGUUCAAGAGCUUGGUUUAGUGUCGUCAAAGCGGUGCGAGGGACUAUAAACAAACACAAGUGUGACUGAGAAAUGCGCUUGACAUGGGUGUGCCAAUUUAAUGAAAAGAAAGUGAGAGGAAGGGUGGGAUUCGAAUAAACAGGAAUGCACGUUGAGAGGGAGCGCGUGAGCAUGAGACUUUUGGCGAAUUCUCGUGACUUUCGAAUCUCGAAAAAGUAAUAUUUCCAUUUUCAUAUUUCACGCGUACCUUUCACACUAAAUCUGCCCACCCUCGUAGCGGCAUCAUCAAUUUCAGAGGGAAAUUUGUACCGUCGUAAUAAAAAAAAAAAAAAAAAAAAA